CCCAUUUUUCUCCAUCCGCGGGCCCCAUUUUAUUCCCAGUUGCGCGAUAUCGUCUUUCGUUCGUUGGAAGCCACCACAACAAACCACCAAAACCCACCCAGCGUCAACGGCCGGCACCACGCACAACCACCCCGAACCCGGAUUUUUCACAACCUUCAUCCGGCCGUCGUCCAACCCCUCUCUUCCCCAAAUUGGCCCUCCUCGAUUCCCAGAGCCGUCGUUCACUCGCACCGCUCGGCCGAACCCCCCGAUACCCGAAUCGACCUUCUUUUUCCCAUUCUUUCGCCACACAAAAUGUCUUUCGCCCUCCUCUCACGGCGGUCCGCCCUCACCAUGGGCCGCCAGAUGGUCCGUUUCGAGUCCUCCGCUACACAAAAGGCCGCCGAAACUGCCAAGCAGACUGCCACCAAGGCUCAAGCUCAAGCCGCUGAGCUCUCGGCCAAGGCCCAGGAGGGUCUCUCUCGCGUCACUGCCGCUGCCGGUCCUGCUAUCACCAACGCUGCGAAGAACGUCUCGGGUGCGCUGGGCAAGGUUGGCGGGCCCACUGGGCGUCUUGUUGCUUUUGUUGAGAGCAAAACCCCUGCCCUCGUUUACUACACCAAGGUUGGCAUCGAGGUGGCCAAGAUCGUCUUCCGGGGCCAGAGCAUGUCUCCUCCCUCCGUCUCUACCUUCCAGACAUACUUCCAGAACCUCUGGAAGCAACUCCAGACCCCCGGCCCCUUCUUCUCCCAGCUCGCCAAGUCCCUCAACCCCCAGCAAGUGCGCAACCUCUCCAGGACACAAGUCGCUGCCGGCGGCGUCCUCGUCGCCGAGCUCCUCGGUUUCUUCACCGUGGGCGAGAUGAUUGGCAGACUCAAGAUUGUCGGGUACCACGGUGGCCAGAAGGCUGAUGCUCACCACUAAAGGGUCUUUUUUAUUUUUUCUUAGCGCUGGGAGGUGUUUAGAGGAGGCGAGGGGAGAGAGAGAGCGAGUUUUGUCACGAUUACGAGCAGCCAGGUCAAGAGAGGGAGAGAGAGAAGGGAACGGGAUACCAAAGGAACGGAGAAGGGAAACAAAAAAUCCAUCGGGCAUAGAGAUGAGAGAGAGACAGCAUGGCGCAAACUUGGGGUAUUAGAUUUUUAUGCCGAAUAUGUUCGGUUGAAAACUACUACUGUUGCAACCUUUUCCACGUUUUCGUCCCUCCCAUCAUCGGAAGUAUGAGUUUCGGGGCAGAUGGAACAGGACAAGGGCCAUGUACACUACUACCUACGAACUUCCUUUUCUGUUCUCAUUUCUCUUCAGCUCUUUUCUGGACAACAUAGAGGGCGGCAAGGUAGCGAGCGGAGUGGUAAAAAGGGGGUUGGAUGGGUCAGGAGGGUUAGAACUGUGGGCAAUGGUGCCACGGCUCUUGCCUCCUGUGUAUUUGUGUCAACA